AUGACCAAAGACGCGAAGCUUCUGGCCACAAUUCAUGCACUCGUGGCCCACACUCGAGCAUUGGUAGAGCAAGAAGCCGUCGAUGACAAGCUCGAGGUUAAGAAGAUGGAGGCGGCCCAAGCCCAACAUCGGCAGCAAGCGGCGAGGACCGGUUUGGACUUGCUGCGGGCUCCACUGUCCUACAUUGCCAAACGCCUCAACGGCUAA